AUGUGGUGGUUUAUUGCAUUAGCCUAUCUAAUACAAGUUGUUACAAGCUCAGAAGAACUCAUCAAGAAGAAAAGAAACAUGAAUCCUGAAACGUUUAUGAAUAUUAGUCAGUUGAUCUGCUAUGAAGGAUAUCCCAGUGAGGAGUAUGAAGUUCUGACUGAGGAUGGCUAUUAUUUGAGAAUAAACAGAAUUCCUUAUGGCAGAGAAAAACCUACAGACAAAGGUCCAAAGCCAGCUGUGCUUCUCCAGCAUGGAUUGUUUGGUCAAGGUAGCAACUGGGUUGAAAAUUUGGCCAAUAACAGCCUGGGCUUCAUGCUAGCAGAUGCUGGCUAUGAUGUUUGGAUAGGAAAUAGCAGAGGCACAACCUGGUCUCAAAGACACCAGAAAUUUUCAGUUGCCCAAGAGGAAUUUUGGGAUUUCAGUUUUCAUGAAAUGGGCAAAUAUGACCUUCAAGCUAUGAUAAACUUUAUUCUGCAGGAAACUGGACAGAAGCAACUGUAUUAUGUUGGCUACUCCCAGGGCAGCACUAUGGCGUUCAUAGCAUUUUCCUCCAUGCCACAGCUGGCACAGAAAGUCAAAAUGUUUUUUGCCUUGGCUCCUGCUGUCACCACUGGACACACCAAAAGCCCUAUGGUAAAAAUGUUGUUAAUGCCUGAAGGAGCAUUACAGGAUAUUCUUGGCAAAAAAGACUUCCGCUGGUGGGGUAAGACUAUGAGGGAGCUUGCUGCCACAAUGUGCUGCUAUGAAUUACCUAAUAGACUUUGUGCCAAUAUAUUUUUCUUUGCGGGUGGAUUCAAUGAGAAAAACCUAAAUAUGAGUCGAAUGGAUGUGUACACAGGCCGCUUUCCAGAUGAAACAUCUGCUAAAAACUUACUGCACUGGGCCCAGGCAGUUAAAUCAGGAGAAUUCAAAUAUUUUGACUAUGGCAGUGAGAACAAGGCUAAGUACAACCAGUCUGUCCCUCCCUGCUAUAAGAUAGAAGAUAUGACUGUGCCCACUGCAGUAUGGUCCGGUGGAGAGGACUGGAUGGUAGACCCAAAGGAUAUUGACAUGUUACUCCCUCAAAUUACUAACCUAGUUUACCACAAGAAUAUUUCUGACUGGAACCACUGGGAUUUCACCUGGGGUCUUGAUGCAGCCAAGCGUGUGUACAGUGAAAUUAUUGCACUGAUGGGAAAGUAUCCAUAAAACCACACAGCAUUGUUUGAGAAUUAAUUAGUUAAUUUAGAUUUAUUGAAAUCUACUUUCUGUAUGUGUGGCAAUAGGCUGCUUUUCUAGUUGCUAUUUUUUGAGUCCAUCAUGGUGCUUGUAAACGGAUUAGGGGGUUACUCUGAAAGGAUUUAAUAUGUACUUUUUUUUUUGGUCGUGGUACCAAUUUUUCCCCAUCUUCCUGGUGAAAUUCAGCAACCAGGAUUCUGUUACUCAGAAAACUGAAUUAUAUUUCUCAAAGGAAACACUUCUGAAACCAAAACUAAAAUCUUAUAGUGCAUGUUACAGCUGUGAGCCAGAAUAUGCAUGCAUGCCUUAAAUCUCUUAGCACAGUCCAUCAUUAGAUGUUAAACUAAUGAGGACAUUUCUCUGGUCCAGUUAAAAUACUAGAGAACUUUCCCAUGUUACAUAUUAAAAAUGUUUUUAAUUUGGUAAUCAAUAAUGCAGCCUUUCAUAUAUAGUUAAGAUAGUCUAUGUUAGUUUUACUUUGACCGUUUAUUUUGUAUAGAUACACAUGAAUAUACACAAUAAUAAGACAGCA